AUGCCACGAGCACGACAUCGUAGAAAGAAAUCAAAACAACAAAUUCAACGUCCCAACCAUAAAUUGCCACCUGAACUUAUCUCUGAAAUUUUCGAAUACCUUUGGGGUGGUAUUCUUGACGAACCAGCUUAUGAAUACGAAAUACCAAAUGCAAUAGACGAUCAUUUUUCGCAAGAAAGGCAAAUUCAUGUCGAAUAUGAUUACGACCCUAAACAAAAUGAAACUGCUCUUUCAUUAGACGAAAAAUUUAAGGGCAUUGUUGAAUUUACUGAAACUGUUCCUAGCAUGCAUACUUUCGCUGUGAGAUUUAAUUCUGCUACUGCUGAUCAUAUCUCGGAAGACCUUCCACCAGUUAUGGAUAGUUUUUUUCAUGAAAUAUCCGCCUCAUGUAAAUCUGUUCGACGUGUCAAAAUUCAUACUUCGGGGUUGCGUGGCCCAAAUAAAGAUGAUACCUUAAAUCUUCCAUCAGUUAGUAAUAUCAUAUCAAUGGUAACUAAUACCGUGCGAGAAGUUGAUUUAAUGAUGCAUGUUGCAACUCGAGAAACAAUUGAAGCUCUUUGUAAUUGCAAAGAACCUCCACAUAACAUAGACUCAAAUUGGGAAGAAACAUAUACUAAAUCCCUUCAAUAUCUCUCUGAAAAUUGUGGUGAUCAACUAGAAGAAUUAUGGAUGCCUUUACGGGAAGAAGACCAAAAAUUAUUUUGUAAUCUUGUCGAACAUACGCCAAAUUUGAAAGUGCUAGCUUUGGAAGGGAAAGAUUUCGAUAAUGAUGGACAAUUCUUAAACGUGGUAGCUAGAACUACUCCAAAUCUCAACUACAUUCAUUUAUCAUACUUUCCUGCUAUCACAGGCAAGGAUGUUAAAGUUGUCAAUUGGGGUCAACUUAUUGAUGUUAACAUAAUGGGUUGUGAAUCAUUGGAAAAAGAAUCAAAAUUUUUUGAUCGUGUAAAAGAAGAAUGUUGUCCACAACUUAAUAUUCAUAUAUAUGAUCUUGAAGGGAAUGUGGUGGAGAAUAG